UCCACACACACCCACAGCUCCGAUUCAGUGCUCCACAUCCCACCACAUUAGUCUACUCCCCCACUCCCAUCUCCUCUUUCUCUCUCUCUCUCUCUUCUUUUUCUGCAAUUUCUCUGAUAUAGAGAGAGAAAUUCAGCAGACGCCACCGAUCAUCAUCACUCACGUAUUCACACAGAGGGAGAAAGAAAGCAUCUUGAGAUUUGCGCGGCUAGGAGAUCUUCGCAGAUCAGGGGAUUUAAAGCAAAGGCGGCGAUGAGAGAGAGUGCAGAGGCUCUCACUUUCUCUCUCUAACGCCAUUUGUAUUUGGGCUAUUUUCACUCUCUCUCCCACAAAACGCUGCGUUUUGGGCUGGCUCCCCUUGUCUCCAUCUGUGUCUCGCCAUUUUUUUUUUGUUUUUCUGCAUUUUGUCUCUGAAUUUUCUCUUUUCUUUCUCUCUCUAACGCAGCAUCAUCAAUGUCAUCAUAAAGGCUUUGAAAUCAAUGGCUUCGAAACCGAGGCGCUGGUGGGGGGUCUAAGCCAGAGAUUAUGCCUGUGUCCUGGUAUUUACUUGGGCUGGUGAGAUAGUGGGUUUAGACUUUAGAGAGAGGGCGUUUCCAAAACAUCCCUUUUGGGUGGAUUAUAGGGAGAGAAGGUCCCAAAUCUGGGUUGGAUUUAUUAUUUUUUUUGUCAAUUUCUAGAGGGAUAAAGUGUUCCUGGUUUUGAGCUCUGUGAAGUGUGUGGUUUUGAGGGCAUUCGAGUAGAUUUAGAGUGAACAUAGGCUUUGUUUGUUGUAGUUCCAUUAAGGGGUUAUACUGUGAUUUUAAUACUCUGUAGCGGCUAUUUUGUGGAGAAAAAUGAAGUUUAUGAAGCUGGGUUCGAAGCCUGAUGCCUUUCAAGCUGAUGGCAAUUCUGUCAGGUAUGUUUCAUCCGAAUUGGCAACUGAUGUUAUCAUAAUUGUUGGAGGAGUCAAGUUUUACCUUCACAAGUUCCCUCUCUUGUCCAAGAGCAAUCGCCUGCAAAAGUUGGUAGUGAAAGCCAGUGAGGAAAAUUCUGAUGAAAUUCGACUGGUUGAUUUUCCUGGUGGGCCGAAAGCCUUUGAAAUUUGCGCCAAAUUUUGCUAUGGGAUGACUGUAACACUAAAUGCUUACAAUGUUGUGGCUGCCCGUUGCGCAGCUGAGUACCUUGAGAUGACUGAGGAUGUUGAUAGAGGCAACCUAAUUUUCAAAAUUGAAGUGUUUCUGAACUCCAGUGUCUUCCGAAGCUGGAAAGAUUCUAUUAUUGUUCUUCAAACGACCAAAUCUCUGAUACCAUGGUCUGAAGAUCUAAAGGUGAUUGGAAGAUGCAUAGAUUCCAUUGCAUCUAAAACUUCCGUGGACCCGGCUAACAUCAGCUGGUCUUACACUUACAAUCGAAAAUUAGCAGUGCCAGAUAAAAUUAUUGAGGAUGGGAUGAAGCUCCAAGAGAGAAUCGAGUCUGUUCCAAAGGAUUGGUGGGUUGAAGAUAUCUGUGAGUUGGAGAUUGAUCUCUAUAAACGAGUUAUGUUUGCUGUGAAAUCAAAGGGAAGAAUGGAUGCAAAUGUGAUUGGAGAGGCACUAAAGACUUAUGCAGUUAGAUGGUUGCCUGAUUCCCUUGACGCCCUGGUUUCUGAUGAUCAUACCAGGAGGAACAAAUCUUUGGUGGAAACAAUCAUUUGCUUAUUGCCAUCUGAUAAGGGUGUGGGUUGUUCUUGCAGUUUUUUGCUCAAAUUAUUGAAAGUUGCUAUUCUAGUUGGAGCAGAUGAUUCACAAAGGGAAGAAUUGGUAAAAAGGAUCAGUCUGAAGUUGGAUGAGGCUUCUGUCAAUGAUCUAUUGAUCCGAGCUCGAUCUCCGCAAACAACUGUUUACGAUGUUGAACUGGUGCAGUCCAUUGUGAAUAGAUUUGUGUUGCAUGAAAAGCGUUGCCAGGAUUUGGAUAUUUCUGAGAAGAAUGAGAAGGGAACCAGUGAUUUUAUACUGGGCCAUGGACCUUUGUUAAAAGUCGGUAAACUGAUGGAUGGAUAUCUUGCUGAAAUUGCUCAUGAUCCAAAUCUCACCCUCUCCAGUUUCAAUGAUAUUGUACGGUCAACUCCCGAAUCAGCAAGACCAAUUCAUGAUGGCUUAUACAAGGCUAUUGACAUCUACCUGAAGGCACACCAGAACUUGACAAAAGCUGAAAGAAAGAAGCUUUGUGGGCUGAUGGAUGUCAAGAAACUUACAAUGGAUGCAUCCAUGCAUGCAGCUCAGAAUGAUCGUCUCCCACUCCGGGUUGUAGUCCAAGUCCUCUUUUUUGAGCAGGUUAGAGCAGCUGCUGGGGCUCAAGCCCCUAACAGUAUUCCCCGUGAUACCUCACAAGCCAUGACCAACAUGGAUGAAGAAUGGGAGAAGCCAGCAAUAGUACGAGGUCCAGAGAGUUGCAAAUCCCUGAGGAGACAGAUGAAUCAAAUGAAGAUAAAAGAUGAGGGAUUUCGGAAAAACGGGAAAUUGACUAAAAAGGGUAGCAAAAACAGCAGAAGUGGUGUGCAGCUGCUGCCUUCUAGAUCAAGGAGAAUGUUUGACAAGUUAUGGGCAGUGGGUAAAAAGCAUGGAGAGAACAGAAGCUCUGAGACCUCAGGGAGUUCCCAGAGCCCAACUUCAGUGGCACCUGGGGAGACAAAGUCAUCCGGUUCAUCUUCAAGACAGAGGAGGCAUUCCAUCUCUUAGACAAGGUUUUUUACACGAACCGAACAAGCAAAGGAGAUAAACAGGUAUUGAACACGUAUUGAAGUGUAAAAAUUAGUAGGAUUUUGUUGUAGGUUUGUAGGUGAUGAUGGGUUUUAUCUUUAGAUGUGCAAAGUCAUCCAGGAAGGGGGUUUUUCUGCAUAAAAAAUGUAGUAUGUAAUCAGUUUCUUUGGGCUCCUUUUCUUUUGUUGAUUCCGGUGUUUCCCAUUGUAAUAUUAUCUUUAUGGUCUUAAUAUAGAUUCCAAGUAGGAAUUUUCUAUCCUCUUUACUUCA